AAACAAAGAAAAGACAGAUGCAUACAUCAAGGUCAGUUUGGUAAUAAAUGGUAGAUCAAUACCCAAACUCGUAAUAAAGCAACCUCAAAUUUCCCAAAAGGCCAAGGCACCCACUCGUUUCUUUUGUGUGUGUCGGUACCCGAGGCUAUGACUCUCCUUUGACCCUUCGGCCUCAGCACCACCAAAAAUGAGAAAGGACUGUCCACCGCUCUCCUCAUUCGCCGGCGGCACUGCCGGUAAGCUAUCUUUAUGCUUCGAAACUAAGCCUUUAGUAGCCACAGUACUAGCCCUCACCCUGGUCAUGCUACUGUGGAACCUGCCUCCCUAUUAUCAAAACCUCCUAUCCACUACUCGUUCUUGCUCUGCUCCCGCCGCCUCUACAGCCUCCCUAAUUGCCUCCAAUGCCUCCUCAUUGCCUAUUACCUCCUACGCCAGCACCACCUCAGUGUCUGAACAAAAGUACUCCACCCCCGUCGUCACUGACCCAAACAAGCGGAUCUUCCAGGCAUAUGGAAACGCCGCUGCUCUUUUUGUUCAGAUGGGCGCUUACCGCGGCGGCCCAAGGACCUUUGCGGUGGUAGGUCUGGCUUCGAAGCCCAUUCACGUUUUCGGGCGUCCCUGGUACAAGUGCGAGUGGAUCUCCAACAAUGGCUCUUCUUUGAGGGCCAAGGCCUAUAAGAUGCUUCCGGACUGGGGUUAUGGUCGCGUCUAUACGGUUGUCGUUGUGAAUUGCACCUUCUCCGUGAAUCCUAACGAGGACAAUGCAGGUGGAAAGCUGAUGCUCAAUGCCUAUUACGGUGAAUCUCAGAGGAAAUACGAGAAGUUCGUAGCAUUAGAGGAGGCACCUGGCUCUUACAACGAGUCCAAGUACCACCCGCCUUACCAGUAUGAGUAUCUAUACUGUGGGUCUUCUUUGUACGGGAAUUUGAGUGCGGCCAGAAUGAGGGAAUGGAUGGCUUACCACGCUUGGUUCUUCGGAUCCAGUUCCCAUUUUGUAUUUCACGACGCCGGCGGAGUGAGUCCUGAGGUAAGGGCUGCGCUUGAACCGUGGGUGCGAGCAGGGAGGGCCACAGUUCAGGACAUAAGAGGUCAGGCUGAGUUUGAUGGGUAUUAUUAUAACCAAUUCUUGGUGGUUAAUGACUGCUUGCAUCGGUACCGAUAUGCUGCCAAUUGGACAUUUUACUUUGAUGUGGAUGAGUAUAUAUAUUUGCCUUUAGGCAAUACUUUGGAAUCGGUUCUCAAAGAAUUCUCCGAUUAUACUCAGUUCACUAUUGAGCAGAAUCCAAUGUCCAGUGUGCUCUGUUUAAAUGAUUCCACUCGUGACUAUUCCAGGGAAUGGGGAUUCGAGAAGCUGUUAUUCAGGGAAUCAAGAACGGGGAUUCGGAGGGAUCGCAAGUACGCAAUUCAGGCAAAGAAAGCAUUCGCUACAGGAGUGCAUAUGUCGGAGAAUGUAGUUGGCAAGACCUUGCACAAGACAGAAGAUAAGAUCCGUUAUUAUCACUACCAUAACUCCAUUACGGUGCCAGGCGAGCUUUGCCGGGAAUUUCUGCCUCCAUCAGCCAAAAAGAAUGUCACUUUAUACGAUAAGCUCCCAUAUGUUUAUGACGAUAAUAUGAAGAAGCUGGCUGCCACCAUCAAGGAAUUUGAGCGGAAAACCAUUGGAACUGUACAGGCUUAUUCAUAAAUUCAUUUUUAUCUGGGAAAUAAAUUAGAUCACAUGUGUUCAUUAUUUGGACUCUUCACGCGUGCCCUGCAAUUGCAUCAUUCAUUCCUCUUUGCUCCAUUUGUGGUCAGAAACUAGUUUUGCAUAUUGCAAUUGCCAAAAAAGGUGGUGUAGAGCUCAAUUAUUGCUUUAAUUUUGUCUAUAUAUAUGAAUUUUUUUUUAUGUUUAA